AAAUGAAAUUAAAGUGAUCGUGUACGGUCAAGGAGUGGAAACGUUUUGCGCAGAUAUGAGUACACUAACGCAGUCGGCGCCACCACCGUCGUCGUCGUCGUUUAUGCAGGCGCCUCAACAGUACAACGUAGAACGAGUGACGCCGGCUUUAGAACUCGGAGAAGGCCCGCAUUGGCAUUCACCGACCCGCAGUUUGUAUUUCGUCGAUCUCCAUCAGGGCAAGAUCAACAGAUACCAUCCGGAAUCAAACAGCUUCUUCAGUGCCAACAUAGAGGGCUAUAACGAUGUAACGCUCAUCUUGCCGAUCGAGGACAAGGCUGAUAUGUUCGUGGUCGGUCUGGGCCCUUCGCUCGGCAUAGUUCAGUGGGACGGACGUUCGAAUACAACGAGUCAGCCCAAGUACGAGAAACUGGUUGACGAGACACCGGGCAAUCGUCUGAACGAUGGCAAAGCGGACGCCACUGGUCGGCUGUGGGUCGGGUCUAUGGGUUCGGAGAUGGCAGACAACCCGGGCCACUAUUACAAACGCCGCGGUUCCCUCUAUUCGGUGGAACCCGAUGGCACUAUCAACAAGCGCAUAUCCAACGUGAGCAUCUCUAACGGGAUGGCGUGGAGUUUGGACAACAAAGUGUUCUAUUACGUGGACACUUACAAGUUUGCGGUCGAGGCGUACGAUUUCGACAUCACCACCGGAGACUUAACCAACGGAAAAGUGAUUUUCGACUUGAAAGCCAACAAAGUCGCCGGCGAUCCAGACGGCAUGACCAUCGACAAAAACGGCAACCUCUGGGUGGCGUGCUUUAACAGCAAUCACAUCUUGAAAAUCGACCCCAACACCGGCACGCUGUUGACAACCGUCCAAUUGCCCGCCUAUCAGGUCACCUCGGCCGCGUUCGGCGGACCGAAAUUGGACGAGCUGUAYGUGACGACGGCCGGUUACCAGUUGACCGAAGCGCAAAAGGCCAAACGUCCGUAUUCGGGUGCUGUGUUCCGAGUGACUGACACGGGAUCGACCGGUUUCGAAGGCGUGCCCGUCAAAGUACACCUGUGUCCGGAAAAUCAACUGCACACGAUAUAAGAUAAAAUAAUAAUAGUUAAUAAAUUAUACUUAUCUUACUUGUUAAGUACCUCUUCGGUGUAAAUAUUACUGUUUGAUGAUUGUGUAUAGAUAUUUAUAUUUUUGUGUGUAUUGUUAGUUAAUAAUACACUAUUAUAUUAUUAAACCAAAUGCAGCUGCAAGUAUUAUAUGCAGUAUUUAAGAAAUA